GUUUUGCCAUUGGCUUUCAUCGCCUUAUAUAGAUUCUUUUUACAUGGACACUGGGGAGUUUUCAGUCAGCUCAGCCACCUCCUUUUGAACUGCAAAGAGAGCAUCGGGUUGGCAUGGGAGUUUUAGGUGUGCAGAAUACAAGCUGCUGGGAGACUAGAGCUCUGUCUUUAGAGGAAGAACAAAUUCUCAGUUGCUUUCCAAAGGAAGUGAAGAAGGAAAUAACCUCAGAGGUGGUGUCGAUGUCGUAUAUAAAGCAACGUGAACUCGAAGAGGCCUGUAGAGUCAAAAAACCAUUUUGUGAAUGGCUUGUGACAAGAUUUCAAGCUGCUGGGAGAGACAGGAGCUCUUUUCUUUUUUGGUGGCAGGAAAUAGGGUCUGGUAUCAACAUCAAAUGGGUCCUUAAUGCAGUGUCAAUUGUCAAUCUACAGUUUUCGCCGUGUAGAAAAGAGAAGGUUGCACAUUCUUUGACCGGUAUCAUCCAAAGAUAUAUGAACCCUCCAAGAGUUUGGUACUUGGACUUUUGAAAAGAUUGAGGAAGGAGGAAGAUGAAAACAGAAGACUAAGCAUGGAGGUUAGAGCUUCUUCGAAAGGAAAGUGGAGUUCCCGAGCUUGCCUAGUGAUUCAUUGGAUGAUUGUUAUUGUGUUGUUGGGGAUGUUGCUGGUGGAAGGAGGGGCAAGGGCUGGAUUGAGCAAGAAUGUCAAAUUAGCACUUUGAGUUUUAGGGGUUAUGGUGGUGAUUUGAGUUAAUUUUGUCUCCUAUCAUUCCAAAUUCAUUUUAUUUAUUAGGAAACUUACAUUAACCCGAAUUAUAUUUAUUAAUGGUUUGAGACGUUU